CGUACGAACUGCGGCCGGAAUUUCCAAACCGAAAAUAACUGAAUCCAAGAACUACAAUAUCUCACACUGAGAAUCGCAGUCGCAAUCGUAAUCGGAAUCUCAAGCGGCGCGUGCAGCGAGAAACAAACAAACAAACACAAACAGUGCAAGCAAACAGCUGAACGGCAAACGUUUUCAAACAUUUUCAAACGCAGUUUUUGAAUUGGAAAUUUCGCGCGAAAUUUUGAGUGCGCGGUCCCAAAAAUCGUAGAUAAACUUUGACUAAAGUGCAGUUUGUGAUAAGAAGUAAUACUACAAAAAAAUACAACACAAUAAGAAGAUUAUAAACAAAAUAAAUGUUGAAAAAGUGCUUACAAACUAGGAUUCAAAUUAAUUAGUUCAGCAGUUUAAAGGGAAAAUUCUUUGUAACUAGUGGAAGCUUCUGCAAUUCUACUGAAAAACGGACUCAGCCAGGAUGCGAGCGGGUCAGUGACACGUGACAUGGCCGAGGGCUGCGAGGACUCUGCCGGUGCCGCUGAAUCCACCACGUCACAGUCACAGUCACAGUCGCCGUACACAACGCUCGACAAGAUGCUGGGCACCGUGCUACCAUGCGAGGCGGCCAUAGGUGCCACGCCCGGCGGCGGCGGCGGCGGCGGUGGAGGCGGUGGCAGCAGUAGCAGCAACACCAGCAACAUCAGCAACACGAGCCACAGCAGCGGCGGCAGCAACAACAAUAAUAGCGGCAACAGCAACAUUGUGAAGCGCGAGUUUUGCGAUGGCAGCUUGAUGCCCAGCUCGGCGGCCAGUGUUAACAAUAAUAAUGCCAAUGCCACCAACAAUAACAACAAUAAUAAUAACAAUAGCAGCAACAACAACAAUACCAAAUUGCAGGCGAUGAUCUGCAACAAGAGCAACAAUAGCAGCAACACAAACAACAGCAGCAGCUCAUCCUCUUCAUCAUCAUCCUGCUCCUCAUCCUCGUCAUCCUCCAGCUCAGCGACCAGCACUUUGACCAGCUGCACCACCGCCGCCGUUGUGCCCUCCAAUUGCUCCACAAAUGCCAACAAAUCACCGCCAGGAUCGGUAUCACCCUACUCCCAAAGCUUGGGCAUGGGUAUGGGAAUGGGCCUGGUCCUGGGCAUUGGUGCAGGAGCCGGUAGCAGUCCACUGAGAGAGGCUAGCCCAAGUCCAAGUCCACUGAAUGCGGCAUCCAUGUCCAGCGUUGUGGCAGCCAAGUCGCCAUGCAGCGGAGCAGCGCCUGCAUCGCCGCCAUCAGCCUCCUCGAACAGCUCGUCAAAUGUCCUGGCGCUCAACAUUAAAACCGAGUCGGACUUUGACAAGGAAAUCAGCUGCCACAAGAUCCACUCGCCCAGCAGCAGCAGCCAAGUCCAUAGCCUGCAACAACAUCACCGCCAUCACAGUCACAGCCACAGUCACAGUCACAACAGUCGCAGCAAUCACCACGAUGAUGACAUGGAGAUCCUGCUCUCACCCCCGCCCGCCAACCACUCCCACUCGCCCUCGCCGUUCGACAGCAAGGAUCAUGUCAAGGAGCUGGAGUUCUACAAGAACCUGGCAGCCAAGGCCGCCUCUCUGGCCAACCAGCACUCCUCACCGCCCUUGCCCAUGCCUCUGCCAAUACCCAUGCAGAUCGAUGGUGAUGAGGAUGAGAACGAAAACGAGGGCGAGGCGGAGGCGGAGGCGGAAGAGCAGGCGGCGGAGGAGAUGCGACUGCGGCGGGAGGAGCAGGCCCAGGCCAAGGCGUUUGCGGCACAUCUGAAUGGAACUAUGCAAGACAUGAUAAAUUUGCAAAAAUUACAAAAUUUGGCCACGCUACAGCAGCAGCAACAGCAACAGCAGCAGCAUCCGCAUCCGCAUCAUGGGCACCAGCAUCCGCACCAGCACCAGCAUCAUCAUCACCAUCCCGCCACGGCCGCUGCACUGGCAAGUCUUCAAGGAUUAGCUGCCUCCGUGUUCAAUUCACCGUUGAAUCUCAGCGUGGGCGGCGACCCGGCGACCACAGGAGCUGGAGCAGCAGCUGCAGCAGGAGUGGGAGCUGGCUCUGGGACUGGAGUAGGAGGAGCCACAUCCGCCUCGCCCACCCUUAACGGCGGCAAGAGCAAAACGGCCAAGGGCGGCGGCAGCGGGAGCAGCAGCUCGGGCAACAACUCCGGGGGCUCCGGCCAGAACUCCGGGACCUGUAGCUCCGCCCAGCAGCAGCAGCCGGAUAAUCCCAGCAGCAGCAGUUCGCCGCAUCCCCUCAGCGCCUCGACUCUGGCCAAUGUCCUGGCAGCGGCCACCGCCUCGCCCCCGCCCAGCCUUCAGGCGCCGCCGGCAAGCGCUCAGAUGCCCCAGCUGAUCCUGGCCUCCGGGCAGCUGGUGCAGGGCGUCCAGGGGGCCCAGCUGCUCAUACCCACGGCCCAAGGCAUUGCUGUUCAGACCAUACUCACUAUUCCCGUGAGUCCGCAGAUUCCCACCUCGGAGCAGUUCUUGCCCAAUGCAUUCGGAGCCUUCGCUAGCUACCAGCAGCAGCAGCAGCAGCGGGAGCAGCAACGCGAGCAGCAAAGAGACUUGCUGCCGCCUUCCCUGGCCGCCCUGCAGCAUGCCACCGCCCUGCCUCAGCUGGCCCAGACACCCACGAAUUUACUCAAGCCCAAUCUCUUUUCCACGGGCGUGCAGCAGCUCUUGACAGCGCUGCACCCAGAGCUCUUUGCCGCCGCAGCAGCCACGCAUCAGCAACAGCGGGAGCAACAGCAGCAACAACAGGCGCAGCAGCAUCAAAGGGAAAGGGAAAGAGAACGAGAGCGGGAAAGGGAAAGAGAAAGAGAACGGGAACGGGAGCAGCACCUGGGCAUUGGCCACCUGCCGCACUCCCAUCUAGCUGCCGAUCUGAGGCGCUCGGCGGAGAGAUCUCCGCCAGCAAGCUCGCCCACUGGCGGCAGCCCAGGGCUGCCGGUCAAGGGACCACCACAGGCGCCACCCGGAGCCGCCUUCUUGCUGCAGCAGCAGCUGCACAUCAAGCCGGAGACGCAGACGCACCUGCACCAUCACCUGCAGCCGCAGUCCUCCGCCUCGACGGUUUCCUCCUCACUGCCCCAGAUCAGCCUAAGGCAUCCGGAUGAACUUACGGCCCCGCAGAUGGAUUUGAAACCGCUGGAGCUGAGUGCCAGCAGUUCGCCGCCGGCACCACCGCCGCGACACCACUUCGGACACAGUAUGCGCUCGCCCAAGCACAGUCCGCAGGGCAGGCCCACGUCCGGCGGCAUGAAUCUCAGCCAGCAUCACGAUCGGCAUGAGCGGCUGGAGCGACUGGAGCGUAUGGAUCGCCAGGAGCGACACGAGCGACGCUCUCACACGCCCACGGCGACGGCCACCCGGGCCAGUGUGUCGUCCAGCUCGGGCGGAGGUCACCUGGGGGGCAGCAUGGCCACCGGCAGACUCUCCCCGCCGGUUUCCCUGCCCUCUAGCUCGGCGGCCAACAGCAUCAGCGACAGAGGCUACACAUCCCCGCUGUUCCGCACGCACUCGCCCCAGGGCCAUGCCCUCUCGUUGGGUGGAUCUCCGCGUUUGGAACGGGAUUACCUGGGCAAUGGACCCAACUCGGGAGCGGCCACCUCGACCAGCAGUUGUGGGGCUCCAUCGGCAGCGACGGGCUCCAGUGCGACGGCCAACGUACUUAGCAGCAUCAACAGACUCAAUGCCUCCAAUGGCGAGCUAACCAUCACCAAGUCCUUGGGAGCACCCACGGCCACGGCCACGAGAGCUUCUUCAGCCUCGCCGCGCGAGGAUUCGCCAGGUCCUGGGCCGUCCACUUCAGCGGGAGCCCUGAUGCAGCCGCUCAAGCUGAGCCCCUCGUCGCGCAGCGAACCGCCGCACAUGUCGCCCAAUGGCAAUGACAACGACAACGACCUGCUCAUGGACUCUCCGAAUGAACCCACCAUCAACCAGGCCACCACCAAUGUGGUGGAUGGUAUCGAUCUGGACGAGAUCAAGGAGUUCGCCAAGGCCUUCAAGCUGCGCCGCCUGUCGCUGGGCCUCACCCAGACCCAGGUGGGCCAGGCGUUGUCGGUGACCGAGGGACCAGCCUACAGCCAGAGUGCCAUUUGCAGUGCACUCGCUGCGCAGAUGUACGCCGCUCAACUAUCGACGCAGCAGCAGAACAUGUUCGAGAAGCUGGACAUCACACCAAAGAGCGCACAGAAGAUCAAGCCUGUGCUGGAGCGCUGGAUGAAGGAGGCCGAAGAGAGCCACUGGAAUCGCUACAAGUCGGGCCAGAACCACCUCACCGACUACAUAGGCGUGGAGCCCUCCAAGAAGCGCAAGCGACGCACUUCGUUCACACCGCAGGCCCUGGAGCUGCUGAAUGCGCACUUUGAGCGGAAUACGCAUCCUUCGGGUACCGAGAUCACUGGACUGGCGCACCAGCUAGGCUACGAACGGGAGGUGAUACGGAUUUGGUUCUGCAACAAGCGGCAGGCCCUCAAGAACACCGUUCGCAUGAUGUCCAAGGGCAUGGUCUAGGGCCAGGAUCCCGUGUAAAUAGCUGGCGUAAAGUGUACAUAGCUAGGUGCUUAAGUGUGUGUGCCGUGUGCGAGUGUAUUACAGUGUGAUAGUUGUAAAACACCCUAGAAUCUAGCAGUUAGGCCAUGUAAAGUAAUACUGUGUGUCAUAGCAUUUACAAAGGACAUUCAUUGGCUUACCAGGCGAACCACAGGAACCCGAGACCCAAGAGCCCAAUCCAAUUGAAUACGUAGCCAUUAAGUAUCUACUUAACACUUAUCAUAUCCCAAAUAGCCUAAAAGUAGUCUAAAGUCCCCAAGGCAGACUUGUGCAGUUUUAGGCCAAAUUUUAUCACAUUGAUGUGCCAUUCCAAAAGCAAAACAAAAUUAAAUUAUAAAUGUUUAAAACCAUUCAAACCAAAACUGCAUAAAGAAUUUGAUCUAAGAAAUAUUCAUAGAGCUCGUAAGCGAUGAGUAAAAUAUUUGCAUUUAAUGCGUUGGCUAAAAACUUGUAUACUGAAACGAAUCUGAUUUCAAGCAUUC